CGUACGGCUGCGUUGGCUUAGUGCGCACGCGUGGGAGAAGGACGCGCGCAUGCGCAUGAAGGGUUCCGUCUCUAGGUCAGUAGCUGAGGGUGUCCGAGCUGUGGCUGCCUGAGAGGAGUGGCCGGAACUGACUGUAUACCUACAUUUCUGUGCUUAUCAAGAUUUUUAAUUCAUCAUGGAUAAUUUAUCAUCAGAAGAAAUUCAGCUGAAGGCUAACCAGGUUACUGAUGAGUCUCUGGAAAGUACAAGGAGAAUCCUUGGUUUAGCCAUUGAGUCUCAGGAUGCAGGAAUCAAGACCAUCACUAUGCUUGAUGAACAAGGAGAACAACUAAACCGCAUAGAAGAAGGCAUGGACCAAAUAAAUAAAGACAUGAGAGAGGCAGAGAAGACAUUAACAGAACUCAACAAGUGCUGUGGCCUUUGUGUCUGCCCAUGUAAUAGAUUAUCAGAUGUUGGUUGCUUCUAUGAAACCAGGACCAAGAACUUUGAGUCUGGUAAGGCCUAUAGGAGUACAUGGGGAGAUGGCGGAGACAGCUCUCCGGGCAGUGUGGUAUCUAAGCAGCCAGGCCGAGUGACAAACGGGCAGCCGCAGCAGGCGAGCUCAGGAGCAGCUGGUGGAUACAUAAAACGUAUUACUAAUGAUGCCAGAGAAGAUGAAAUGGAAGAGAACCUGACUCAAGUGGGCAGUAUCCUAGGGAAUCUAAAAAACAUGGCCCUGGACAUGGGCAAUGAGAUUGAUGCUCAAAAUCAACAAAUCAAACGAAUCACAGAAAAGGCCGACACCAACAAAGAUCGUAUUGACAUUGCUAAUGCCAGAGCAAAGAAACUCAUUAACAGCUAAAGCCAGUGCUGUACUUCAUCAUUUAUUCAGUUCUCUAGUUCUUCCUUCAAAGUCAUAACCUUUUCAGAGUUUGAAAAUUUGGUUUCAUACACCUGUAAUCAGGAGAUAAUGAAGAAGGGCUAGGUGUAGUAGCCCCCACUGCCGCCGCCUUUUAUGCCCAUUCUUCUCUCUGAGGUAGAUUGUUGCUUGCCCUUCCUGCUAUUUUCUCUCAGUUCAUACUCUUAAUUUUUGUGCAUCACAUUUUAUGUUUUUGAUUAUUUGCUGUAGCAGGUUGUCUUGCUUUCAGAAUCUGGAAGUCAUGCCAAAGAUGGCCAUGAAAAAAGGGAAUUGGGAGUAGGGGGAGGGAGGACUGAAAGAAGAGGCAAGAGAGAAGAGGUUGUUACUUCUGUAAAAUCUCAAGGCCACGAGGCAAAACGCUGCAUCGUCACAGUAAAGAUCUAGCUGGGUUUGUUUAGUUUAAAAGUUGCAGUUAUUGCCAAUGUAGGAUAAUUUAAUUUUGGAGCAUUUAUAUAUAUUUUUUUGUUAUACACUAUGACUUUGCAGCCUCUGUUCCAAAAAAGAGUAGAUUGAGUUUCUUAAAGUGAGCUUAAUUUCUCUGGACUCUGGGUUGUUGACGUAUGUACAUAAAUUCUGUGAUCCCGUUUUCAUAUUUCACCAUACAGGAACACUUUGUAUAAAUGGAUGACUUUAUUUUCAUAUUAUUAAUAUCAUGGUCCCAUUACAGGACUACUAACCUCAAAAAUUUGUCAUUGGUCUUUUAAGAAAAAAAUAUGUAAAUAUGUAUUGUAACAUGAGAAUUUCUAAAGCAGGGCUCAAUUUUUUUUUCCUGGAAAAGUUUGACAAAACAUAUCAUGUGAAAUCAGAUUUACCUCAGUGCCAAGAAUUAUGGUUAGAUAGGAAAUAUAAAAUUUGUUUUGAUCUCAGGUAGUAAAAUAGAUUGCUUUCUAUGUAGCUUUAGAAUUUGUAAAUCUAGAAUUUGUUUAACUCUAAUGAUUUGGAAAGUUAAGCCUUUAGUUUAAUUAUUAUAAUUGCACUAUCAUUCUCUUCGCCUUCUUUGUUGAAUUUUGUUCAAAUUGGGUUAUUUAGAUUCUGAACAGUGUUAAAAGAAUUUUCUAUUGGUUACCUUUAUUUAAAACCCAGCAUCUGCAUACUUCAAAACUAAUGUGGAUUGGUUUGACCGAUUACCACUUCUUAAUCCUUGCAAUUAAAAUUGGCGACUAAUGGA